GUGUGUCUGAGAGAGAGAGAGAGAGAGAGAGAGAGAGAGAGAGAGAGAGAGAGAGAGAGAGAGAAAACACGGGCGCCCGAGUUUCGGAACACGCUGAGUAUAUAUACAUAUGUGUGCAUAUAUUUGUAUAUAUUUGAUUUUGUAUUCUGUAGACAUCCCUAUGUACCAACUGUAGGAAUUACCUUCAUAUACGUUAUCAUUUAAAUUUGCGUUCUUUUUGCCGCGGGUCAGAUGCAAAAUUACAAUAUACUAUUUGACAUCUAUCGGUAUAAAUUGAUAUAUUAUAUAGGACAAAUGUCACAAGAACAGGAUGUUAUAAAUAUUUUUGACUUAGAACUACAUUUGAAAGAAAAAAUGAACGAAUUAAAAUGGAAAUCUAAACUACUUGAAGAGUCCCAACAAGAAUUAUUACAAGUGCGCCAAGAAUUGCUUAACAAAGAAAUAGACUUAGAAGAGCAAACGAGAACGAUAAACGACUUGAAGAUGCAAUUAGAAACGUCGCGUCAAAUCAUCGAAGUUGUAGAGAAAGAAAAAAUUAAAUGUACGAAUGAGCGAGUUCAGUUACAAAUCAACUGCGAUGUUGCACUAAAAGAGCGGGAGUCUUUACUAAAACAGACCCACGCUGCAAAAUUAGAAAAUAUGACGUUGAAAUUAAGUGUGCAACAGUUGACGGAAAAGGUAGACAGUACUGAAACCGCUAAAAAAGAAUUGGAAGAAUCCUUGCUAGAAAUGCGAGAUCGGUUCUCACAAGUUCAUAUUACUUUUCAGAGCAAUGUUACAAAAUUAGAAAAAGAACAUCGAUUAAUACUCAAAUCAAUAGAAUCGGUCACGAAACUAAAUAAACGUUUACAAACGGUGGGAUUAUGCACACAUGCUGUUUACACAAAAAAGAAUGAGGAAAUAAAAGGACUUCGGAAAGAACUUGUUAUGAAAACACAAGCAAACGCCCCGGCACAAGCUAAUCAAGAAUUUUCCUAUAAUAAUAAAACAAGCAAAUUUGAUGCCAAGGCAUACAUAGAACAGAUUCGACUUGAUCUAGACAAUCAGGUCGCAGCAGACAAAGAAGUCGAAGCUUUUUUAAUAGAAUUCGAAAAUGAUCAAUGAGUAUAAGACGCUGCUACUUACACUAGAAUAAAUUUCGAGUAUAAUGGGAUCAGGAGGGCGAUUUUUAAUAAACAUAAACGCUUACACAGGACAUUUAGGAUUAAUAUAAAAUGUAUUAUAAUAGUCGUUUGUGUAUUCAGAUCCGAAUCGAAACAAUUUGAUUAAUAAAAAUGCAAAAUCGAUAAGGAUACGCGAGCCGUGACAACAACAAGCAGAUGCUAUAAAUUUUUCGUUAUAUAGGUCCUCUGUACAUACAUAAAUCGAUGAUGUUAAAUUCGUGAAAAAGCUAUUAAUAAACAACAAUGUAAAAAAAAAAAUGAUUGUGGUCGGUGCCUGGCCUUAUUUAGUCAUUGUUUACAA